UCCGCGGCCGCUCGGUCAUUUUCGCCUCUUUGUUGUCCUGAUAGUGGAUUUAACUCGGAUUCUAACCCGGUACCGGCGGACCGAGCUGCUCCCGACCAGGCUCCGAUGAGAGGCUCUCCAUGAUGAGGAGCUAACACUGUCGGCCGCACAACCGCAGGAAGAGACGUGGCCGCUGCACCACCCACGGCCGACGCAUGGCGGUAUUAGGGAACCCCGACAUGCUGACGAGGAAGAUAAAGCUGUGUCACAUCAACGCCCACAUCACCUGUCGUCUGUGUGAUGGCUACCUGAUCGACGCCACCACCGUCACCGAGUGCUUACACACCUUUUGUAGAAGCUGCCUAGUGAAGUAUCUGGAGGAAAACAACACGUGUCCCACGUGUCGGAUUGUUAUUCAUCAAAGUCAUCCACUGCAGUACAUCGGCCAUGACAGAACAAUGCAAGACAUCGUCUACAAGCUGGUGCCGGGACUUCAAGAGGCGGAGAUCAAGAAGCAGCGGGAGUUCUACCAGAAGUUGGGCAUGGAGGUGCCCGGAGACAUCAAAGGAGAGCUCUGCAGCAUGAAGACUCACCUGGACCAGCGCAACGGCAACGCAAAAUCGCAGGAAACGGCCAAUAAGGAGGAGAAACCAGAGGAGGAAAACGACUAUCACCGUAGCGACGAGCAGGUCAGCAUCUGCCUGGAGUGCAACAGCAACAAGCUCCGGGGUCUGAAGCGCAAGUGGAUCCGCUGCUCGGCUCAGGCCACCGUCCUCCACCUCAAGAAGUUCAUCGCCAAGAAGCUCAACCUGACGUCGUUUAACGAGCUGGACAUUUUAUGCAACGAGGAGAUCUUGGGGAAGGACCACACGUUGAAAUUUGUUGUUGUGACGAGAUGGAGAUUUAAGAAAUCCCCCCUCCUGCUCCACUACAGACCUAAGAUGGAUCUGCUGUAGCGAAAACGCACCCGACGGUGGUUGUUUUCUUGUUUUUUUGGGGUGUUUUUUUUUUGGUAGUUUUUUUGGGGCCCAGUGGCCGCCGGUGACUGUCGGUCGAGAACCUUUUAUUUAUUUAUGCAAAGACGAUCAGCCAAACCAACACCAAGCAAAACGCCCGGCGGGCCAGCAGUCGACAUGAGCCGGCAAACUCUAGAAAAAGAGGGAGGGGCUACAAGAAGAACUGGCAACCUCCAGCACAGACACCGCAACACUACUAUGUGUGUGUGUGUUAUUUUUUAUGGAACUAAAACAACUUCUUUUUUGUGUGCGCCCGCUACGUCCUCGAUAUGUGAACAAAAAAACGAAAAAGACAACAACAAAAAAAGACAACUAAUGGAGAGAAAGCAUAUAUUUAUACUUUUGUACAGAAGAGACACACAUGGAACCAAGACACUACCGGUGCUCCGUUUACAUGUUUACACACAAACAAGAUGUCGGGAAUCACGUGACUUCUUCUUUUCUUUUUUUGGGGGGAGCUUCACACAGAUUUCAUCCUCCUGGGACAAGGAGAGCGGAGGAGGAACGUUUUUUUCUUCUCUUUUAUAUAUAAAUAUAUAUAUAUAAAAAAAGGUGGGUCUUUUUUCUUUUUCCUUCAACAACACUCGGGAACACAGAAAGUAUACGGAAAAAGUUCUAGAACAGGCAUCCAUCUGAAGCUGUUUAUCAAGUGAACCGUCAUCUUUUUAAAAAAAAAUAUUUUACAUUUUUUUGUUGGCUUUGUCUAAUUUGCGAUUCGGGUUCUUUGAUCAUUGUCAAUUGUGAAUAGGCUGAACAUUUUGUGUAGUAAUUUAUGUUCUAUAUACCAAUAUUGUACAUAAAAUGUCAUUACAGAGAGAGAGAGAGAGACUGAAGAGAGUAAGAGAGACUUUAGACUGUUAAAAGAAAAGAGUGGAUCCCAGAAGUACUAUCUAUAUGUUGGGGGGGGGGGGGGUGAUACAUUUAUGAUUUUUACAUUUUUUACAAAGACAAGGCUCGCUAUCGGUAUCAAAAAGUAUAUAGAUGCAUCUUUAUGUGUGUCUGAGAAAAGACACAAAACAAAAUAUAUCACAUCCUCUGCCACACUGUGUCUACGACCUCAGAAGCCCCGCCCCCUUCUCCCGCCCACGCUCCUCAUCUCACCUGCCUUUUUUAAAAUUUGUAUUUUAUUUUAAGGACGCCAUUGUCUGGUCUUUUUUUAAACCUGCAAGACCUGAAAAAGGGAAUAGUUCACACAUCUGGCAGCCCUUAUGAAUAUCCAUCCAGCAGCUGCAGGCGAGCUGACACGCCCACAUGUUUACAGCUUUAUGGGUUGAGCUGCCAGCGAAAGAUGUAGUCCCCCCCCCCCCUCUUUUAUUACACCAUGCAUUUCACCUCCCAAACGCUGCAAUAGAGAUGAUGAUUAUUCUUUUUAUUUUUAUUUUUUAAGUUCCUUCUUCUCACUGCGUCGGAGUCUACGUGUUUUUAAGAGGAUCUCUGAAAGCCGAGCGGAUAUUCAUUUUUGUUUCUGCAAAAUCUGUACAAAAGCGUUUUGCCGUGUUUUUUUCUUUUCUUCCAGUGUUCAACGUCCUCGACACAAAUUUCCGAGUAUUUCUGAGAACUCGCAAAUUCAGGUUUUUUCGCACAGGGAGUUUUUUAUAAUGACAUUUUUGAAUUAAAUGACUACCGUUUGGUCAUUUGGUGCUUAUGAAAUGUGUGUUUCUAAAUCUCGAGGAGGACAACGCGCUGUGACAACAACAACAAUAACAACAUGACUCUUGACUGUCUUUAAACUGGAUCCCUGACCGUCAGACCUCAAGUAUUACCUCACGGACCCCCGUCACGCCCCCUGUGCAUUGUCUCAUGUGUGUUCAGGGUUCCUACGCAUCAACAAGCAACAAAUACACAUUAUGAUAUACACAUUAUAAUAUACACACUUUCUUUUAAAUUUGGAAAAAAACUUCUUUAAAAAAAAGACACAUUAUUACGAGAAUUGUGGGAUUUUUUAUUCAUUUUUAAUCGUGAGCUUCGGAACAAAGUGUCGUCGGUGGUGUUGCAUUGUGGGAGUUGUGGAUGUGUAGGAGCCCGGCCUCAUCGGGUGUGUGUGCACCGAACCAGCUCAACCAUAACUCAACCAUAACCUGUCACCCGUAUUCCAGAAACCUCCUGUAGGGGGCUCCGUGUGUGUGUGUGUGUGUGUGUGUGUGUGUGUGUGUGUGUGUGUGUGUGUGUGUGUGUGUGUGUGUGUGUGUGUGUGUGUGUGUGUGUGUGUGUGUGUGUGUGUGUGUGUGUGUGUGUGGCGAUGAUGACACACCUGCUCACUGAUCAAAGUGAAAAUAUCAUUGGAAAAAAUAUAAUGUGCAGCUCAAACAUUCUGCAUUUUGAGUCUUGUGUUUUUUCCUCUUCUCAUCAGAAAUUAACAAAGAAGUUCACACAUUCUCUUAAAGGUACAGUGCAAAAAAAAACCUCUCUGUCCCUUUAAGAGGAAGGAAACACAAGUUUAAAACAAAACCAAAAGCAACGAGCCUCAUCAGCCGUCGGUUCAUGGGAGAGUAUUGUGUUGGAACUUGUUGAAAAUAAUAACAAUAAUAAUGUCAAAUUG